AUGCCAAGCAACUAUGCACCCCUUCCCAACGACGACCCCGUUCUUCUCCCCCGCGAAUCCGACGAGGAAAUCACAGCACAUAGCUGCCUGCUCCCUUCCCUUCAAACAAACGCGGAUUCUGGAUUGAAAGUCGCUGAAGACUCCUUGUACACUUACAGUUAUGGCCCUCCCGGGCUGUCUGGACUGUGGCACAACUACUACGCCUUCUUGUGUGCGGUCUUCGCGUCCAUAGGCGGGCUGAGCUUUGGGUAUGACCAGGGCGUGAUUGCCAAUGUACUUGUAAUGGAGGACUUUGUAGGCCGAUGGCCAAUAACACCGCUGCAGAAAGGCGCUCUCACUGCUGUUCUUGAACUGGGCGCCCUGAUUGGCGCUCUCACGUUCGGAGUUUUGGCCGAUAGAUACUCCCGCCGACAUUCCAUCUUCAUUGCCUGUGUCAUAUUCAACAUUGGCGCGCUCUUCCAAACAUUCGCGCGAACACUUGCAGACCUUUUCAUUGGUCGCGCUGUUGGCGGCAUUGUACACCCGAAGUACGCGGCUCGCUCAUUGCGCUCGAACAAUUCUCGAUCGAUCGUCCUUGGAGUCGUUGUCGGAUUCUGGAUUGGGUUCUUCACGCGAAAUAUCCCAGGUUCGGCGUCAUGGAGGAUUCCGCUUGGUGUCCAAAUCGGCCCCGGAGUCCUUCUAGCUUUCGGGGCGUUGUUCCUUCUUCCCGCUUCGCCUAGAUUGCUUGUGCUGAAAGGCAAAUAUGACGAAGCAGAAGCCAGUUUGGUCAAGCUGCGUGGUCGCGAUGACGUGCUCACAAAGAUCGAGCUUCUCGAAAUGCGUGUCGAAGCAGCCUUGAUUUCCCAAUCCAACUCGGAUUCGCCCAAACCUGGUGCCCAGAACGAGUUUUCGGCGUGGCGGCAGUUGUUCUCCAAGAAAUACCGCCCGCGCAUGCUGGUGGGGGUUCUUAUGAUGUUCUUCCAACGCAAGCUACAGUUUCUUUUGCGUCUCUCCACUGAUAUGACUCUUAGAAUGGAGCGGAAUCAAUGCAUUACUCUAUUAUAUGGUCCCACUCUUGUGAAGAGUAUUGGUCUCAAAGGCGAAACUAUCUCGCUGAUUGUUUCUGGGGGAAUUGGAAUUGUCCAGUUCAUUGCUGUUGGACCCGCUGUCAUAUAUAUCGACCGAGUUGGACGCAAGCCUUUGUUAAGAGGUGGUAGCUCGUUUAUGGCGGCCUCUCAUCUUAUCAUUGCCGUCCUCGUAAUGCAGUUCCAAUCAGACUGGAGCUCGCAUGCAAUAGCCGCAUGGACCGCUGUUGCUGCAAUCUAUACAUUUACGUUUGCAUAUGGCGUCUCGUUUGGACCCAUUGGAUGGGUCCUCCCGAGCGAGGUCUUCCCGCUGUCGAUGCGCGGCCGUGGAGUGGCUCUAUCAACUGCCUCCAACUGGAGCAACAACUUCUUCAUCGGGCUCGUAACACCAAUCAUGAUGGAAUACUCACCUGCCGGGACGUUCCUCACAUUCGCCACAGCGUGCUUCGUGGCCUAUCUGUGGGCCACCUAUACGGUGCCGGAAACAGCGGGCGUGACACUCGAAGAUAUGGACCGCGUGUUUGGCGGGGACGCAGGAAGAGAGGACCACGUCAGGCGGAGAGAGCUUGAGGAGGAGAUGGGGCUGCGUGCGAUGGUGAUGGAGCUUGCUGAAAAUCAUGGAUUAUGA